UAAAAUGUAAUAAAUAUAUUUUUGGAGUGCAAAAAAUUAAUAAUGAUAAAUUAAAAAUAAAUAGUUUCAAAUUGUUACAAGUUGCAUAUGUUCUUAGAUGCGCAUAUAAAUAACGAAUUAAGGAUUUAUUAAUUUUUGAAUUCUAGUCAAAGUUUUAGGAAUCAAUCGAAGUAUGGAUAUACCGAUACAUGCUUUAACCCAAAACCCCACUGCUGCUUGGAAAGAACUUUCGAAAACACAACGUGUUAUUAAAGUUACCAUGAAACCACCGCAGGCGGGAGUGGCUUUUAACAAAGCUCGCGUGGUUUGUAUGAGCGAUACGCACUCACUGACUCCGUAUGUUAAAUUCGAUAUACCUGCCGGUGAUAUAUUCAUUCAUGCCGGCGACUUUACGAAAUGCGGUCUACUUAAAGAGGUAGAAGAGUUUAAUAAUUGGAUUGGUACCUUGCCUCAUCGUUAUAAAAUAGUUAUUGCCGGUAAUCAUGAAUUAAGUUUCGAUCAAAAUUUUACGCACCCAUUUCAAAAUCAGACGCAUACUGAAAGAACCAAACAUACCGGUAUGUCUAUAUUGGAUGAUCUCCCAACCUUAGGAAACGCGAAAGAGGAUAUUGUUGAGGCGGUACAAACAUCUAAUAUACGUGAUGUUCUUACCAAUUGCACAUAUGUACAGGACGAACUAUUGGAAAUCUGGGGUAUACGCAUUUAUGGCACUCCUUGGCAACCGGAAUUUUGUAAUUGGGCUUUUAAUAUUCCACGUGGCCAACCCUGUUUAGAUAAAUGGAACCAAAUACCCGACGAUAUAGAUAUAUUAAUUACUCACACGCCACCCUUGGGUCAUGGCGAUCUAUGUUGCUCGGGUGUACGAGCCGGCUGCGUGGAAUUGUUAAAUAGCAUACAAAAACGUAUUAAACCAAAAUAUCAUGUAUUUGGUCACAUACAUGAAGGUUAUGGUAUCACUUCAGAUGGCCGUGUUAUUUAUGUAAAUGCUUCUACAUGUGAUAUCAAUUAUUUACCUAACAAUCCGCCGAUAGUGUUUGAUGUAGCCUUACCGCCUGGAAUUCGUAAAGAUUAAAAUCUUAGAACAGAAUACAUUUCGUAAAGUGCUGAUCCUUAAAUAGUUUAUAUUAUAACAUUUAUAAACUAAUUUAAUCUCGUUUUCCCGCCUAAAUAACCCGCGUGUAACCGUACUUUCGUAUGAGAAUCCUUACAGACAUCAACCAAUUCUAUUAGCGUUUAUUAAACGGCAUGUAAAAGUAAUGGAUCCGAAUGUAUUCUUAAUAUUGAUAAAAAAAGAUUUCCCUGAAAUUUGAUAAAUCGGUAUUGUCGAUACAUCCGAGUAUUCGUCAAACGUCGCAUUUACAAACUAAUUUAAUUUCAUUUGUAGAAAAAGUACUCAUAUGGAUUAUGACA